CGGACGGAACAAUUUGAGCGACGCACUCUGUGUUUGACUUCUAGCCGCAAUAUGGCGGAGUACCUACAGGUGAUGCGGAGGGCGUUGGGGCAGAUCCGGGCUCACGGGGGUAUUCGUGGGUCUUUCUGGCAGCUCUUAAGGGUAAAUGACUUGAAAACUGGUGCAUUGGUUGGUGUAGACAAAUAUGGAAACAAGUACUUUGAGGACAAACGUUAUUUUUUUGGCCGUCACCGCUGGGUGGAGUAUACAAAAGAAAUGAAUGGAAAAGUUACUUAUUGGGAUGUGGAUGGCAGUAUGGUACCCCCUGAAUGGCAUCGCUGGCUACACUGCAUGACAGAAGACCCCCCAACAACACAUCCCCCUGCUGUGCAAACAUUUGUCUGGGAGAACCACAAAUUCAACUUGAGUGCAACUCCUGGGCAAUAUGUGCCGUAUCCUACCACGCGUAAGAAGAUUGAGGAGUGGGUUCCUCCACAGCCAUCAAAGAACUAACACGAAAACACUAGAGGAAUUCAGGCAUUGAAUUGUAAAAUAUCAUUGCAUAUCUAUUUAAUAAAAAUUCAAACCUUUUGAGGAAA